UCAUAUCGCUCGAAUUGUGAUGAUUAUGAUGUGAAGAUGAUUGUUUCGAUGGUAUAGCAAUUUAAAGUGUUGUCUUUAUAUUGAUCAAGCAAGCGAUUUUGCUAUAAAAAGCCUCACCAUUAAACAAUAAUCAUUGAUUAUCGCUUUCGUUCUUGCAAUGAUACAGAAUAAUGUCUCAUUGUAAUGGAAAUUCCAAUAGCCGAAUCACCCUGAAUGAUCGACGACGACGGCAAAAAGGUGAAGAAGAAGCUGAUAAUAAAGAAUGGUUCAACGAAAUCGCUACUCUACAUCACGAUGAUCUUAUCAUAUCGACUCGAAUUAACCAGUUGAUUCAUCGACAACGUUCUGAUUAUCAGAACAUUCUUAUUUUCCAGAAUCAGAUAUUUGGACGAUGUUUAGCAUUGGAUGAUGCUAUACAAUGUACCGAACUUGAUGAAUGUGCUUAUCAGGAAAUGAUUGCAUUUCUACCGAUGAACAUUCAUAGACAUCCUAAACGUGUGCUGAUUAUCGGAGGUGGUGAUGGUGGUGUAGCAAGAGAAUGUUGUAAACAUCCAUUAGUUGAACAGGUGGUACAAUGUGAAAUUGAUAAACGAGUAGUUGAAGCUUCUAAACGUUAUCUACCAUUCAUGAGUAAAAGCUUUUCAAAUGAGAAUAAAUUGAUAAUGAAUUUUCAGGAUGGUUAUGAAUAUGUUCAACAACAUCCAUUGGAAUUCGAUGUCAUCAUAACGGAUUCAUGUGAUCCAAAAGGACCAGCACAAUUAUUGUUCGAUGCCAAAUAUUAUCAACAAUUGUUUCAAUGUCUUCGACCAGGCGGUGUGAUUUGUUCACAAGCUGAAUCGUAUUGGUUCGAAUUAAAGUUUAUUCAAUCAUUAUUCGAUAAAGUGGAUAAAAUAUUUCCAUCCAUUUCCUAUGCUACCACUUCGGUCCCGUCAUAUCCAUCCGGUCAGAUUGGAUUUUUACUUGCAUCAAAUGAAGCCAACUUUAAUUUUGUUGAACCGAAACAUCGAUUCAAUGAACAAGAUUGUGAACGAUUUGGGCUAAAAUAUUAUUCUGAAUCAAUGCAUAAAGCUAGUUUUGUAUUGCCUAGAUUCGUACGAAAAGCAUUGAAUCUGUGAAAGAAAAUCGUAAUCUACGUAAAUAAAAAAUUUUAUUAAUCCAAUGAAAAUAAAGAUCAAAAUUUUUUCGA